AUGCAGCCCAAGGAGGAAGGAAGCGCCACUGCCGGAGCCAAUGCCGGAUCCGCUGCCGGAGCUGCUUCCACUGAUGAAACAAAUAUCAACAACAACAUCAAUUCCAGUGAUGCAAUCAUUUCAUUCGAACGUGAGGAGGAGGUCAAUCUCAGCGAUGAUGAGUUAGAGCAACUCAAGUCCUUAGAUAAAGAUUUUGGUGCUCAAAUCAAACCCACUACAGAGCCUAAGCUCAAACCAUUGAUCCAGAGGGUCCCAUCAAUCCUAUUACACACGGCCGAAGAUUUCGUAAAGUAUUUCAAGCCGAGGGUGAUCUCGAUCGGACCCAUCCACCACGGCGAUCCCGAUCUCAAACAAUCCGAGCAACUAAAGCUUGGAUUAGCAGCACAUUUCGUGAAGAACAUUGCGGUCGAAAAGAAAAUAUUAUACAACAGGAUCAAGAAGCAGAUUUUUAGCUUGAAGAAAUGCUACGAUCCGAAGGAGUUGGAGCCGUACGAUGACAAGAAGCUGGCCUGGAUGUUCUUCCUAGACGGAUGCGCAAUCUUACAAGCUAUUCUACAAGGCGAUGAUCAUGCACAGCAAAUUCCGUGGAGCAAAAUGAAUAUUAAGAAUGAUGUGCUCACGUCAGUGUACUUGGAUCUGUUCGUGUUGGAAAACCAAUUGCCUCACGAUGUUCUUCGAUUGCUUACGAGCACGAGCUGGAAAGUAAGAGUUUUCAUGGAAUCGAUCAGUAGGUUCAUUGAUAAUAACAAUGUCAUCGCUCCGGCAGAGAUGAGAAAGCAACCGCCGUCGCAGCACCAACUGGAGGAGGAGGAAAGAGAGGCGGUUCAUCUUCUGGAUCGUUUUCGGAAAAGGCUGAUUUUCAAGAAAGUAGAGAGGCGACAGCCGUUGGAGAAAUCUGGGUGCGAUCGGAUUUUCAGAACCGCAAUGAAAUAUUACAACGGCGGGGGAGAGGGAUGGCAAUAUCAGUAUCCCCAGACGUUCCGUAACGUGACGGAGCUGAGAAACGCCGGGAUUUGGCUAAAACCGAGCUCGACCAGCUGUCUCACCGACGUGAGUUUCAGCAACGUGCUCAUUAGAGGACAGCUAUGUCUACCGCCGAUCACGGUGGACGACUCGACGGCGCUGAAGUUCAUGAACUUGAUAGCCUACGAAAUGUGCCCGGAUUUCGAAAACGAUUACACUGUCACCUCCUACAUUUGCUUCCUCAAUUCGCUCAUUGACAACGACAUAGAUGUCAAGGAACUGAAAGACGCCAAGAUACUCUACAGUGGACUGCGAAGCGACGAAGAAGUGGUUAAUCUGUUAAACAAGAUGAGCACUGAUUUGGUUCCGAAUCCAAUGAUUUACUCCGACGUGAAAUUGCAGGUCGAGAAUCAUCGUCGGAACUUUUGGAUCAGUAGUGCCAUGCAAGGCUAUCAAUCCAUCAAUUAUCCAAUGCAAGCCUUUCGAAACUAUUAUAAAGACUCCUCUAGUCGUAUUUUCUAUGCAACUGUGGGCGCCAUUGUUGCACUUCUUCUCAGUGCUCUUCAGACUUAUUACACCAUGUAUCCAGUCAAGGAUAAAAUCGCAAAGUCUACAUGCUCGCCACCAGGAGCGGUACGUACAUCCCCAAAAUGGUAA